AUGAUAUCUCACACUACUUUCAAGGGUAGGUACGAUCCUGAUGGAGCACGGACUUGGCUCAGGGAGAUUGAGAGGAUUUUCAGAGUGAUGGAUUGCUCUGAAGCACAGAAGGUGCAGUUUGAUAUGCAUAUGUUAACUGAUGAUUGGGAAUUUAUGAGAAAGUACUUUCCCGAAGAUGUUCGUGGGAAGAAGAAGAUUGAGUUUCUGGAGAUGAAGCAGGGUACUUGUCGGUUACUGAGUAUGCUUCCAGAUUUGUGGAACUUGCUAAGUUCUACCCUCAUUAGAAUCAGGAGGUUUCUAGAGUUCGCGAACAACUGUAGAAUUUAUGAGGAUGAUAGUAAGGCUCAGUCGGCUCACUACAAGGCGUUGAGCGAGAGAAGAGGAAAGCAGAAUUUGAACCAUGGGAAGCCAUAUAGUGCUCUAACUGAUAAAGGUAAACAUAGAGUUAUUGAUAGUAAGAGGCCCAAGUGGGGAAGGUGUGGAAAGUCAGGACAUAUGGUUGCUGAUUGCAAAAAGAACAUUGUGACUUGCUACAACUAUGGUAAACCAAGACAUAUCAACACUCAUUGCCUGAAGCCUAAUACUACUCAUUCUUUUAUUGUUGUUGACUGUGUGAAAAGGCUAAGCCUUGUUGUGUAUUCUAUGAGUGGAGAAAUGGUUAUCGAAACUCCUGCUAAAGGUUCAGUGACUACUACUUUAGUUUGUUUGAAUUGUCAUAUGUUAAUCUUUGAUAAAUAUUUUAGUGUUGAUCUUAUCUACUUUCCAUUAGAGAAUCUUGAUGUUAUCUUGGGGAUGAACCGGUUGGAGUCCAAUCAUGUUUAUAUCAAUUGUUAUAACAAGUCUGUGUGGUUUCUUACCCCUGGUGAAGAGGAAGAAGUUAGUUUCUUGUCUACUAAGGAGUUGCAUUAUGAGAACAGUUUCAUAGAGCUGAAGAAAAGGUUGACUACAACUUCGGUUUUGAUUUUACCUGAAUCGAAUGAAUCGUUUGUGGUGUAUUGUGAUACAUCCUUGAUGGGUUUAGGUGGUGUGCUAAUGCAAGAUGGCAAGGUUGUGGCUUAUGCUUCACGAUAG